AUGGUCAUGAAGUUGCCGUUGGCGAGACCUCGGGCCCACACAACCGAUGCUGGUGCGAUAUCCGCUACUGAUGGCAUAAACGACUCACCCCGUCCUGAAUCCGCUCGUGAACGGUCACCACACCCGAACAAGAACUGGGCGCAGAAUGCUUCUCGAGAACCGAGACGGAAGAUCGUUAAGGCCGCCCCGUCUUACCGCCAGGAAUUCAACUCACCGGAAGCUGAAUCUACUUCCUCCUUGUCUCGUGGAUCCCCGCUGCGUCUUGCGUCCGUGAAUGAGUCAUGGUGUGAUCAAGGAUUAUGCACUCCUAGCACUGCAUCGAUUGCUCGUACGAACGACUCAUGGGCGGAUAUACCUCCAACUAGUUCCACUGGGCUCGAUGACGAGGCACAAAACAAGGAUUUUGGGUCGCUCAAGCGUAAACCAAUCCGGAAUCCACGCCCCGUGUCCCGUCUACGAAGUCAGUGUAAAUGGUCGACACUUUUCACGGUGGAGAGCGCGGCGUACAUUCCUGAUUCCCAGUUAUUCUGGAGGGAACCAAAAAUACCGGACGCGCGCGCAUGGGCGAUGAGAUCGCAAUCACUCCCACGACAUGGAGAGUUGUCAGAUACUUCGACGGACUCCAAGCAAAUCAACCCCACAAGGCUGGCUCUUUGGCAAGAAACUCAUACAGGGCAAAAGCAAUGGGAAGCAUGGCCACAGGCACAUGCGCACGGUUUGAAGGGCCCGACAGAUGAAGUAGCCCCAACGGCUCCGCUACUUGAUGUUCAUAUCCCCGAAGUUGAAAUGGAACGAUACAGUGUGAUGUUUGGCUCCUUUUAUGAUACAACAUCAAACUCAAAGCUAGCUGCGCCGCGCAGUCGAAAUGAUCUCGUUCCGGAAACAAUGCAGCUACCCAUGCGGAACGGUGCUGCCAGGCCCAGGCGUGCCACAUCCCCUGCGCCAAAGUCUCCAGGCUUCAGCUUAUUUCCAGCAACCCACACGAAUAACGCCUCGCAUCAUAUAGAGCCUCAUUAUAUUUCCCGUGAUCCUGUUCCAUUACAAAAGUCUCACACCAUGCCCGCGUCACCGGAUGACGCCUAUGUUGAGAUAGCCUCUCGACACAAGCCCCCUUUCCAAUACCCUCUAGAAACGUCGGAAUCCUCCGAUAGCGUUUCAUACCUCUCUACAGCUCCCUCAGAAAUUGACGAUGGGUUCUCAGAUGAGGACCACGAAACAAUCAAGUUGUGCAUUAAGCCACCUGAGCAAAACGAGCCGAUGUGGGAGAUGGUCACGCCUGGCCCAAACCCACCACGGUCUACACACGAAACACUACAGAAGCUCAUAUCAAAGGAGCCUGUAUUGAAUGCUACUGAAAUCAAAACGCCGUUAGAUUCAAAACCCAAUUUAUCAAACACCUUAGCUCCACCACCUAUCCCUCUCCCAUUCCAGCAGUCCUUGCAUUCAGCUCGAAACACAAAGAACAGCGGCGUCACAGAUUCUACUUCGCCCGGUGUAUCCAAAACCAAAUCUGGCCAAGUCGAUUUCCACAGGUAUACUUCAUCGAUAAACUCGGAUAUCGAUGACUUUCAGACAGUUGAGGUUUCCAUCGCGAAGUCCAUUUCGGUCAGUAAGAGGAAACACAUACUCGUUCCGAUCGGGGGAAAGUCGAGCGCCUUUCGGUCAAAUGAACGGCUAGUGGAAAGGAGGGUAGCAACACCAACGGCAGAAGUCUUGCAUAAAGGCCAUCGAUAUGAGAAAUCUCGAGCUGCCGUCUUGGAAAAUGCCUAA